GUGAUUCCUGCUCACAACAACCGCAAUUAUCGGGAUGUUUAUUAGUUUAAAUUAUUAUUUUUCUAUACUGUGAGGGAAAUCUUUACCUAAAGAUGCCAAAUGGACGCCUGCUUUGGCUUCUCGUGCUCCAGCUGGAGGAAUGAUGGCUCCUAAACGCGACGAGUUUCUGCAUAAAUGUGAAGACUGGAAACAAUGCGUGACUCCAGUUUGAAGAGCACUGGAUAAACUGGGAUUAACAAAGACUGCGGCUGUUGCACGGAAUCAAAUCAAGUCCGUAAAGAUGUCCAAAGUUGAGCGUCUGAAUGCGCGAGUGGAAAAGCUGCUGUGUAAAGCAGUGCAGGAGGUUCUGGAGGCUGUGAGAGAAACCGUGUCAGAGUACCAGGAGAAAACUGCCAGAACCCAGAGAGAGAACCAGAGUCUGAGGAGGAGGCUGCAGGAACUCCAGGAGAAGAUAAACCUGGAGAGCAAUGGAAUGGUGCCGCAAAUGUCCCCUGAGUCCAAGCAGGCUGAGGUGGAACCCAAAGCAGAGCUGAGAGAUGACUCUGAACUCAUCCCUUCUGACAAGGACGCUUCAGUAAUUUGUCUCUCAGAUGAACUUAAAGACGAUGACGCACCCAUUACAUCAUUAGGUUCCCCCCAUCUCUCCCCCAAAGGCGUAACAGAACCACAUGAUAACACCAGAAACCUUAAAACAGGGACUGAUAGAGGACUAAGAACACCAGUUUUAGACCACGUAGAACCCACUGUCACACUUCCAGUCUCUGAAAAUGACCAUAAAAUGAAAGUGGAGCCUGCAUCAGAAGAAGAUGGGCCGCGCAUUGUUAACUGUUUUUACAAUGAUGCACCGACAAGCACGACAUCUUUAAACCUAGAACCUCCUCAAGCCAGUUUUGGACUCUACAGCGAGUCGGGGGUCGCCUUCAGUCUCGAUCAAAACGACGUAGAAGAGCCAAUGUCUCAAAGAUACAGCGAUAGUGGAGCAGAAAAACAGCAAAACACUCAAACUAGCACAAAAGUGGGAUUCUCUGGCUCAACGACAUUCCAGAGAAACGUCAGGAAACACUACUGCUGCUCUCUGUGUGGCCGAACCUUCAGGCACGCAGGCGACUAUAAGAAACACAGCAGGGUGCACACGGGGGAGAAACCGUACUGCUGCUCGGUGUGCGGGAAACGCUUCAGCCAGUCGGGCUACCUGACGGUGCAUCUGCGCUACCACACGGGAGAGAAGCCGUUCGGCUGCAGUCACUGCGGCAAAAGUUUUAGUCACUCGAGCAACAUGAAGAAACACCAGCAAACUCAUCUGUGAGGCAUUUCACAGCGUUAUCUUAGAGUUCAGCUGAGUUUAAAUACAUGAAAAAGUAGAUGUGCCUUUUUUUUUUUUAAAUCAUUGUUGUAGAGCACCUGUCACAUUCCUGUUGUUCCUGCCUUACUGGUAUUUGUCACAUUUUACUGUGGAUUGUGAAGUUUCUACUGUGGACCUACAAAUCUGAAAAUCAAAUAAAUGCAAUUCAUGCCAA